AUGGCCUCCAGACGUCGUCAAAUCAGCCAGAAUGUUGUCCCUUACAAUCAUGAAGAACUACCGUUCUUCUCGACGUACACCGAAGGAUCGGGCGUCCAGCAGCUGCGACGAAAGCCAAGUCUGUCGAAGCGCACCCAGAACAACGCAAGAGAGAGAGAGAGUUGUCAAAGUGCUCGUUUCCCUCCUGAGGAACGCCAACAUUCGGAGAGCCCUAUCCUCCGGUCYGAGGAAGAGAAUGUCAAAGUCAACACCACCCCCUGGGAGCGGGGUGAUGAGGUCAUGGCCGAUAUGAGUGUCGCUCAAAGCCCAGAGAUCGAAGGCGCAAUCGUGCUCGAUCCAGAGUACUCGGAGCGUCAAUACUACCGUGAGCCAUUCACGGGCUUCCAGCGGGAGGUUUGGCGGCCAGGUGAUGGCGAUGGCUCGCAGAUUACCGAAUACUAUCAGCGGACUGGGCCUGUGUUGCCGGUAGACCAGCGGUGGAGGAUUUUCCAGAGCAACAUUGGUCCGAUUGGCCUCGGAAAAGGAAAGACUGAGCCACCGCGUUUUGUCUUCCUUGAUGAUCGUGCCGCUUUUGAAGUUCUCACUUCCGACAUUCAACGCAUCCGUCUCAACCAUGACUGGCCACAUGACUUUGCUGCAAACGGGAGAAUACGCGCGCGUAGGACACACCGCGGUCGUCCGGCGAUCAAAGACCCUCUCACCUCUGAGUAUCACUCCGCUCCGCUGACCAAUACAUCAAAAUACCACUUCACUGGCGAGAAGGACUACAAGCCCGUCAUCUAUCGUGUCCCACCUCCAACGCCAUCAGAACCCACGGUGGAGGAGAUUAUCAGGAAACGCAAAGCCGAAGAUGCAGCGGAUCUGACACUCUACAACGCGCGCGGCCAUGGGCAUAAUCAGCACACUCCCAGAGACAUGAUGGUCAAGUUCGGGGCCCCGACUUUUAGUCGCAAGAAGCCCAAGGGAGAAAACCAUCAAAUGCUGGCAAAGCUGAAGGCCAUGGCACCGAAUACGAAGGGAAAGUUCGUCCCAAAUGCUGAGUCCGCAUAUGGCGGUUCCAGAGCAUGGAGCAUCCAGCCGAAAAGCAUGAUGGUGUCGCACGGAAAGAGUGUGCAGGUAAAAUCUGAUGCGCCAUCGGAAACAAACAUUGUGGCGACUGCCUCUGAAGCGAUCAAGCGAGCAAGCGCCUCCCCACCGCGCCUUCAGAAUGAACAGGACGACAGCGAAUCCGAUGGUGAACUCUUUCCCCAGCCCGGACCAAACCCCGACGGCCGUGUGCCCACGCCAGCCCGAAGCGUUGCUGCCUCACUCGAUAUUCCACGACAGAUGGGAUACAUCGAUCGGCGCAUGCACGAAAAAGCUCUCGCGGCCAAGACCGUCAACGCUGUCCAGAACCAGGAGGAUAUUAAGCUAAUUGCGAAUGAGCUGGCGGAAGCGAAUGUCGCUCUUGGAGAUCAAGCAAAGGAAAUUGAGAGACUGAAGCGGGCUCUGGAGGAGACACAAUCUGUGGUGCUCGAUCUGCAGGGCGUGAUCGAGGAGCAGGAUCGUGUAAUUGGAGAUAUGCAGGGCGACGAUGGUAGCGGGGCCUGA